CUCAUCAUUAAAUAGGUAUAGCAAAUAUCAGCAUCACCUAGGGUUUAUUGCUGCUUUCCUGCACCUGUGUUACCGCCGCUGCAAAGCUCCAAAUCUCCCCUCAACAAUGGCAGAACAGACAGAAAAGGCUUUUUUGAAGCAACCUAAGGUGUUCCUCUGCUCGAAGAAGAGCGGGAAAGGAAAGAGGCCUGGAAAAGGUGGAAACAGAUUCUGGAAGAAUAUUGGUCUUGGAUUUAAGACUCCACGAGAGGCUAUUGAAGGAACUUACAUUGACAAGAAAUGCCCUUUCACUGGUGAUGUAUCCAUUAGAGGUCGUAUUUUGGCUGGUACAUGCCAUAGUGCUAAGAUGGUCAGGACCAUCAUCGUUCGAAGGGACUAUCUUCAUUAUGUCAAGAAGUAUCAGAGAUACGAGAAGAGGCACUCAAACAUUCCUGCUCACAUCUCACCUUGUUUCCGUGUGAAAGAAGGUGACCACGUCACUGUUGGGCAAUGCAGACCAUUGUCAAAGACUGUGAGGUUCAAUGUGCUGAGGGUGAUUCCAGCAGGAUCUGCAAGUGCUGGGAAGAAAGCAUUUACAGGCAUAUAAACGUUCAGCACUUUUGCUUGAUAAUGUAGAAGUUUUUGAGGACAAAACGUUGUUUUAUUGAGAUUAUUAUGCUGUUUUUGACUUGUUUUUCUUGAUAUUUAUCUUAAAAAAAUCAUUUGCUUUUAAAUUUUAUGGUUUCCUUGUGAUGA